AUGAAUUCCUCUUCAACCUCACGUAUUACGGUUCGUCUCAAUGAGAGUAGCGGGAGUAAGGAUAAAACUCUUACAGAGUUUCAGAAGUUUCUUACCAAGCUUGCAUUGAUUUGCGAUACUCUGAAAGGGGAACACGGCCGUACCGUAACUGCUCUUGUCUGUCUCAAGGGAAUCAAUGGCCCUGAGUACAUUUUUACUUCCAAUUUCAGGAAGCUUACAGAGCUUGAAGAAACAAAGUUAUUCCUCUCCAGCUUGCUAACAUUUGUUGGAACCAAUCCCGACAGCCUUCAGCCGAAACCGCUACAGAAGCAAGUUCUGUGGAGGAGUCUUGUAUUCAACUUUGAUAAGGUGGACUUUUACUUGACAUCUUUGAUCGAUGUAUUGGAUGAUUGCAUUGAUAAUGAGAGUCGCAGAGGAUUAAUUGAUUCCGAACCAUUAAAGCAGCUACGCUAUCUGCAAGAAAAAGCAAGUUUCCCUCGUGAUAUAACAUCGUCGGACAAUGCUCGUAACAAAUUCUUGAGAGACUGCGAAACUCUAAUCAAGGCGAUUCAAGCUUACAAAACUGGCUCUUUCGAAAAGACCCUUCAAAACCGCACUGUGGAAAAAAAUACAGAUGCUGCAGACUGGUGUACGCUUCGCCAUUACCUUGGGCGCCUCCAUUCUUACCGGCAGGCCUCAGAGAUUAUAGUCAACGCAGCUACUACAUGGCCUGACCUAUUCAAAAAUCAUCGGGUCGACUAUAUCAAUUCUGCUUUUAAGAAACGCAUCCCUACACCAAAUUUAACGGACUUGAACGAUAUUAUUCCCAUUGCGCUUCCCGGACAUGAAGCGUCCGAUUUUGAAUCUGAUAUUAGUGAGCUGAGGAUUCACGAGCUGGACAAUAUAAUCCACAAGCAACUUCAAAGCUGGAGAAUAAAGACUAUGGUUCACUGUGAGGUCCAUCUUCAUAACCAUCUAGUUCAAAAAGGGAAAACAAGCUCUACCGAUUUCUGGAGCGGUGCUAUGUUCAUAGCUACGUCCAAGCCCACCUGCAGACUAUGUCAUCUCUAUUUCAACAACCCUAGCAACGAAUUUCAAGUUCAGACAUCGCAUAUGAAUCUCUAUCCGAAAUGGCGUCUCCCUGAUAUCUAUGAGGACCAAGGUGCUGAUACUAAAGAUUCUUGUGAAGAGCUACUGCAAGAUCUAAUUGAGCAGUUUCAACAGGAUUUGAUCCUGAUGCUGAAACAAAAAGAACCAAAAGGAAAAACUCACGACUCGCGGACAGAUUCACACUCCAGAGUAUCGACUAGAGUAUCAUAUUUAGGGGAAGGGUUACGAGAUACGCCACAUGCAUUGUUAGCAGAGAGGCAAGGAAGAUUUCACGGAUUGUCCAGCCCGUCUUCUGAAGACGCCGAAUGGCGUGAUCUUCCGGAGGAUAUUGUUCACGCUAUAUGA